AUGUCAUUAACGAAGCGUAUAUAUGUUGGUAAUAUUCAUAAAAAUAUAGAGAAGUGCACCGAAGCGUUGUAUGAGCGUUUUAAGCAAUUCGGCAAGUGUAUUAGCCCGAGUUUUGAGUGUCACUCGACAUUUGCAUAUGUUACAAUGGAGUUCGAAAGCAUUCAAGACUUUAACAAGUUGAAAUCAAAUUUGCAUAAUGUGAAGUUUAUGAGCAAUAGGCUAUGUAUUGAUACAGCAAAGGAGACAUGGAAGGAAAGAUGGGAGCGGGAGAACCAGGACACAAAACUCGAGUCUGCGAAGGAGCGCGAGCUUUUGAAUCAGCAAUGGGAAUAUUACAAGCGUAUUCAGAAUAUAAAGAUGUCAUGGGUUGAUAGACGUGAUGUAAUGCUGGGGAGAAUGCGCAAGACUCCUAGGGAUAAGUACAAGUUGAAAAAGGCUACUUUCAGAGUUAACGUAAAAGGGCAGCUGAAAGUUUACAAGUGCUAUAAGGACAAGUUGUGGGGAUACGAGAGGAAUAAAUUAUUGAGUGAUUUGGUGUUUAAGUUUGUGCAGAACUACUGGAAGGAUUCCAAUAAUCAUAUCGUGGAUAAGCUAGACUAUAGCAGGGCAAACAAAUUUUUAGUGCGUAGGUUUGCUCCAGGUGAACAGGCAGCAUCGAAGCAGCUUGCUAAUGGUCAAGAAGCAGAUGAUGUUGAGGAUGACUUAGCAUUGGAAGCACAGAAGAACACUGACAUUCUUUCUAGUGUGCUGAAUAAUUUUGAUUUUGCAAAGCCAUUGGAUCUGGAAGAGGCUGAUCUUGCUGGCGCGAUGUUCAAUUCUCAGCCUUCUAACAAAAGGGCCAACAUUUCGGACUACAAUAAUGAUUCAGAGAUUGAGGUAGAAGGUUCAAACGACUCGAAAGAAAAAGACCAUGUGCAUUCAACUAAGGAGACACUAUUCGACAGAGAACCAACUAACAAUGAUGAAGAGGAAGAGGAAGAAGAAGAAAAAUUUAUGCCAACAUUCGGAAAACCCCAGGGUAGCAGUGUAAAACCUCAAAAUGUUAACGACACUGAAACGUUAAGAAGCGUGUUUAAUCCUCAGGCAGAUGCUCAGACAACAUUCAGACUACUUACAGAUGCAGAUGACACUAUUGAUUACGACAAAAACACUCCUGAAGAAGAUGUUAUACAGCCUACGGUAGAAACAGGAUCAGCUACAGUCUCACCGGCCUCUUUACAGGCUGGAAGGGGAUUGUUUUUCCCUCAUUUCGAAUCACCGUUUUUAGCUGCCCAAAGUCAACUAAGCAAGGUUCAGAAGACUUCUAAUAUCGAAGACCGUUUUGCAUCUUGGGAAGAAACCUUCUGGGAUAAUAGAGCAGCUUGGACUCGCCAGAUGAAGCUAAAGAAAAGAGAUGCACUCUGGAAACAAAAGAAGAAGUCCGGCAAAGGUCUAGGAAACAUAAAUUUACUAUAG